AACAACAACAACAACAACAACAACAACAACAACAACAACAACGACAACAACAACAACAACAACAACAACAACAACAACAACAACAACAACAACAACAACAACAACAACAACAACAACAACAACAACAACAACAACAACGAACAACAACAACAACAACAACAACAACAACAACAACAACAACAACAACAACAACAACAACAACAACAACAACAACAACAACAACAACAACAACAACAACAACAACAACAACAACAACAACAACAACAACAACAACAACAACAACAACAACAACAACAACAACAACAACAACAACAACAACAACAACAACAACAACAACAACAACAACAACAACAACAACAACAACAACAACAACAACAACAACAACAACAACAACAACAACAACAACAACGACAACAACAACAACAACAACAACAACAACAACAACAACAACAACAACAACAACAACAAGUUACCGUAGAGGUACGAGUAGAAGAUAAAGUUCCAGUGCUAAGUGACUCGUGGCUCAAGUGCGGCAAUGAAGAGAUGACGCGGAAAUGUUUAUUGGCUGCAAACUUGGUGAUCAGAGAUGAAGAGAAGCUUCAAGAAACCAUCAGGCCUGCACAUGCCAAUCCCUGCGUCAGAUACACCUGUACCUAUUUCCGACUAACAUCCCCAUCCAUUAAGUUAUGUAAGCCUCUAAAGCUUUCCAAUGACUGGGUGCAGACGGCAGCUGCUCACCUGACUGGGAAGUUAAUGGGGCGGCUUACCUGUAGCAACACACCUUUACCUCUGGGGAGUGAGAGGCCUCGUGUCGCCAUGGUAACACUGCAGCACCGCCGGGGAUGA